AUGGGAGUAUUAUUCAUUAAAUACAGACCAAUCAUUUAUAAUAAAGCACUACCCGAAACAUACGAAAACCACCAUCCAUAUGAUUAAUAUUUAAAGCUAGCAAAUUUAGGUGAAGGUGCUUAUGGACAAGUAUUAUUAGUAAAAAAAAAAUCAAAUCAUAAAUUAUAUGCAAUGAAAGUAGUAAAAAAAGAGGCAGUUUCAGGAAACGCAAAAAUGAUCGAAGCCGCUUUAUUAGAAAAGAAAAUUCUAAUGAAAAGCAAUUGUCCAUUUAUAGUAAAAUUAGUCUAAUCUUUUUAAACUUAAAAAAAACUUUAUAUUAUUAUGUAAUAUAUGCCUAACGGAGAUUUAUAUUCCGUUUUGUAAAAAGUAAAAAAAUUUGAUGAACACACAUCUAGAUUUAUUAUAGCCGAAGUUGUUUUAGGAAUAUAAUAUUUACAUGAAAAAUAAUAAUCAAUGUAUAGAGAUUUAAAACCUGAGAACAUAUUAAUUUCAUAAAAUGGGCAUAUAAAAUUAGCUGAUUUUGGUUUAGCUAAAGAAUUUGCUAAUGAAAAAGAAAAGGAAAAUGCUUUAUUAGUAACUCCAUAUUAUUUAGCACCUGAAGUAGUUUAGAAAUAACCUUAUGAUAAAAACAUUGAUUUAUGGACUUUAGGUGUUUUGACAUAUGAGUUAUUAUGUGGACUUCCUCCUUUUGGAUUAUAAGGUUCAAAAACACUAUAUGAGGAGAUUGUUAGAAAUCAACCAAUAUAUACAUACCCUUUUUUUUCUGAAUAAUCUUUAGAUUUUAUCAAAAAAUUACUUCAAAACGAUCCUUAGUAAAGAUUAGGAAGUAAAGGAUUCGAUAGUUUAAAAAAGCAUCCUUUUUUCGAAAAAAUAAAUUGGGAAAAAUUAGCAAAAAGAUAAAUAGAAGCCCCUCUAUGUAAAUAUUUAAGCAAAAAAAAAAUGGAGAGAUAAUAUAGAUUAAAAUCAAUAUACGAAACUCCAAAAGGAGAUUGCUAAAAAUCUAUUAUUUUUGAAGGUUUUACAUAUAAUUUAGAUCCAUUAUUAAAAGAAUGA